AUGAAGAAAUUACAUGGCGAAGAAGAAUCAGGACGUUUUACUAUGAAUGGUGCAUUGGAUACCAACAUCUACACAUUUACUUUAGAUGCUCAUGAAAAAACUUUAAUGGAGGAAAUGAAACUUGAACUUGAAGACACCAUCGAACAAACUCUUUCGCGAUUAUCGAAACUCUAUCGUACCUAUUUAUUAGAUUUUUUAUAUCAACACAGUUAUGAUCAUGAAUCUCGAGAGUUCACUAAUCCUUUCAAUGGUGGUAUUCUCAAGGCUUUUGUCAAUGAUGCACAACAGAUGUUAGCUUCAUUGAAAGCUUUUCAAGCGGCUUUUAAUGGUAAUGAAAGUGAUGUGAAAGAUUUUUUGAAAAGAUUUCCAACGAUGAAGGAUAGACCUGGCCUUCAUAACACCACUCUCCUAUAUUCAGCGGCUCGAAACAAUCAUAUCAAUCUGGUUCGAUAUCUUGUUUUGAGAGCUCGAUGUUCAGUUAAUGCUCAGAAUCAACAACAUAUUAAACGAGCUUUGUCAAAGUCAGCCAGAGAUGAUCCUGAUUUCGUUGCAACUCCAUCGGCUGGUUCAACUGCUCUACAUGGCGCUUGUUUUGGUGGUCGUCUUGAGAUGGUGAAAUUCUUAUUUGCACACGGUGCUGAUUGUUUCCUCAGGAAUCAUGCUGAUGAAACACCAAUCGAUAAUGGCCGAACAAAACCAGAUAUUAUCAAAUAUUUUACAGAAAAUCUAAUUCUAGGUUAUUCAAUCAAAACUGAGGAAUUACCUCAUAUACCAAUUCGUGAAGAAGAUGAAGAUUAUAUGGUCGAUUGUAUUUGGGAAUAUAAACCAUUUAAAGAACAGAAUUGGUUUCCUUUUUCUGCACCGGAAUCGGAAACUCUUCAAGGAUCACUGAUAGUCAAACCAGAACAAGAAUUUAAACGCGAGAUUCAUUUAAGAGUACGUGCUGGAACUUAUGCGGUUUCAUUAAUUCAAUUCCUACGUUCAGGAAAAGAUGCCAGUUUCACUCAAAAAAUCGCUUGGAUCCGUUGUCGGGGUUCAUCAAUCUUAAAUUUCAAUUGUUAUUGUCUAUGGCAAAUUAUGUUUACCAAAUAUCCUCAAGCCGAUACAGAACCAUCGUUGACAAUGUUAACUAUACCAACGGCUUAUAACAGUAACUUUAAAGUUCAUCUUGAUUCAUGGUAUUUCUGCGAUGCCAAGACGAGUGCUCAGUUAGAUCACACUAUGAAAUAUCGACGAAAAUACAUUCGUUUAGUACUUUCUCAUGUCUGUCAGGAUGAAUUGACUUUUGAUUUGCAAACAUUUUCGUUUAAAAAUGACAAUGGAAGUGUUACCGGUUGUCUUCGAUGGAUCCCGAAAAUGAUUUCGAAUAAUUCACGCAACAAAAAUAAAAUUAUUGGUAUUGAUGAUUUUCAAACAUUGGCCAAUUUAGAUCCAAUACCUUUAACUACGGCACGAUUGAUGAAAGUUUUACAAAAAGAUGAUAGCAUGUCCAUUGCUAAUGAUGAUGAUCCUCUCGGAGAUGAGGAAGAAUAUGAUUCCGACAUGGAAACAGGUGAUAUUGAAGACAGCGGAGAUAAAUAUAAAGCUAUGAAUGAGGCACCCACCACUCCCAUCAAUCAAUCUUGGUCCAUACAAGAUCUUGCUGAUGGAACGCGAGAUCCUCAAAUGAAUCCGAUGUCGUCAAACCAGUCCGAUGCUUCAGAUGACUUGGAUGACAAACGAAUGGAUGAUUUUAUCAAUGAAGCAGCAGCACAAGUUCGUUCACCACAACAAAAUCGUUUAGAUGAAAAAGUUACUAGCGAUACCUUAGAUGAAAAAAAUUCAGCUGCAGCUAAAGCCCAACUAUUAGAAUUAGAAAAGAAAAACGAUAAAUUGCAACAGGAUUUACAAAAAGAGCAACAACGAAUAGAACAAUUAUUAGAUUCAGGUAGUAAACAUGAACAAGAAGUGAUGAGUUUAUUAGAUCAAAUCGCUGAGAUGGAACAACAACAGAAAGAAAAUAAACGGCAACAAGACAAAUUAAAAGAAAUGAAUAAAAGCAUCAAAACAGUAGAUUAUAACAAUAUUCAACAUGGCGUAAUCCAUCGAUUUUUAACACCGAAAGAUUCGAUCAUUAUUAGUUAUUUACAAGGUUUAAUAAAGAAUCCCGACCCAUCAUUCAACGAUCGAGUACCGAAAAUCAUUUUUGCUGAACAAAAUAAUCAAUAUAUCGUUACCGUCGUUGGUUUUCUUGCGCAUCAUCAAGGAUUCAAAGAUGUUCUGCAACGUAUUUGGUCAUUGAUGAAUAUCGUCGAAUCAGCCAAAGGUUUUUAUCAACGAAAUGUCAAUCGACAAAUCAAGAAAUUGAUGAAAGAAGGUGUAUUGCGUGUAACAUCAAAAACGCACGGUUGGAAAGAAUACGUCAAAGCCUUUAGUCAAUUAUUAAAAACGUCUAGUGUCGAAUAUGAAAAAAAAUUUCAAGAUUAUCUCGAUGAACAAACGAAUGCCUUGAUUGAUAAAUGUAUCGUGGGCAAAUUACUCACACCUUGGGUAGAAAUUCAAAAAGCAACUGAUCAAUUUUUACAAAAACAUUCACUAAUGAACGAAAUCGAAUCGAUUAAACAUGCGGCUUUAGAAGAAUUUAUCAAAGAGAAUAUCUUUAUUCAACGUACAAAGUUGGAGAAAAAACCAUCAGACGAAUCUGUUACAGUUCUUCAACAUUUCGUCAAUAAAGUGAAGAACGAGUUUAAAACACAACCGAUGUAUCGAGGCGCUGAACUGAAACAUUUCGCUUUGAUUCCUAAACUUCUUCAACGUCUUGUUCUUUAUUAUGGUUGUUUCAAAGUUGAAUUACCAUUGUAUGAAUCAUCAAGAGAUUUAUUAGAUAAAAUUGAGAAGAAUGCUGUAACAACUAUUUCGACAUCCACUGGAUCAGGAAAGUCCACAUUAUUACCGGUUUUAUUAGUUGCUGAAGGUUAUGAUAAAGUCCUUGUCACUCAACCACGACGUUUGCCAUGUCAAUUGAUUUGUAAACGUGUCAAUGAAACGAUGAGUGACGAAUCCGGAUCAAUGAAAGAUCCAUUAGCUGGUUGGGCAAUCAGUGGUACUGAAAGAAAUCCAAACGCAAAUAUUCUUUACUUAACUGAUGGUUUACUCAAAGAACGAUUACUUUAUGAUUUAAAUUUAAUUACGACAAAUACGAAAUUCAAUAAAUCAGUGGUAUUUUUUAUCGACGAAGUACAUGAACGCUCAGUUAAUAUCGAUCUUUGUCUCUCUUUACUUGCUCGAUUAUUAUCUACUCAACCUGAAUUGAAAACGAAAAUGAAAGUGAUCAUUUCAUCGGCAACACUCGAUGCUGCAGUACCUACAUUAUUUCGUAAUAUUCCUCAAAUUAAUCUCGCAGAAUUCAAAAUGCCAAACAUGGGAACUUUACAUAAAGUUACAGAAAUCGAGCGACGUAAUGAAAAUGCUUUAGAUAUUGUUCAAGAAUUGUGUAAAAAACGUAAACGACAUGAUCAAAUUCUUUGUUUUGUUAGUUCAGUUGGUGAAGUAAAUCAAUCGUGUAAAUUAAUUAAUCAAAUCAGUCGAGAAACAAUUGUUGCCUAUCCAUUAAUUCAAUCACAACAUCCCAAUGUUCAACAAUACAACAUCGAACAUGGUACUGUGUUCUUUUCAACUACUGUUGCGGAAACAUCAUUAACAUUUCCUUGUCUUAAAUAUGUUGUCGAUACUGGAAUGAUUAAUGUUCCUGUUUAUGAUUUUGACUUGAAACGAACUGUUCUUCGGGAAGUUCGUGCUGCUCAAUCUACGAUUAAACAACGAUUAGGUCGUCUAGGUCGAACUCAACCGGGUGAAUAUUAUUCAUUGUACGAUUUCAAAGUCGAUGCUGUUCCUUAUCCUAUUCCUCAGAUCUGUCAAUCGGAUCUGAUGAACAUCGAAUUUUCAUUAAGAAAAUCUCCAUUAAAAAAAGGAUUUAACUAUAUGAAAUCAUUUCUACCGAAUAAACCAACACAAAAAGCGAUUGAUACAGUCACUGAACAAUUGAAAGAUUUAGAUAUUUUGGAGAAAGGUUCUAAUGAUAAACUCACAAAACACGGUGAAGAUUUGGCGAAACUACCUGAUUUCGGUUCAUUGGCCAUGUCCAAAGCAGUCUUAGCAGCGCUUUGCAUGUAUAAUUGUGGACGUGAUUUGAUCUGUUUAUCAGCAAUUUUGGGUGUUCUUAAUACAACAGCUCUGUUAAAAAGUCUACCUCAACAUCUGAAAAGUCCCGAUGGAGACUUUAUGACUUUAUUAAAAGUAAUGGACGAAAUUCUGUUAGUAAGACAGAGUAUUCCAGCAAAACAAUUCAAUCUCGAUCAAGUAUGUCAAUCGAAAGGUUUAAAAGAAAUUCAACAUAUUAUUCGUCAAGCAUUGAGACGUUAUCAAACAUUAGAAGUAACUUUUAAGCAAUCACCUGAUUUCUGUGCACGAGCUCAAAUACAAUCAGGAGAUUGGGAAGUGGUUGCCAGAUCGUUAUUAGCAGGUUAUUCGGACAAUGUCUUUGUUUCGAUGAAAGAAUUACAAGAUCGAUCUCAUUUAUUUGUUCGUUACAAUAAUCGAGGUGAUAUAGCUAAACUUGAUUUACAAUCCACACUAACACGACCGAUUAGCACAGCUCCAGUCUCGCUUGUCUUAGCUCGAGAUAUUCGUCAUUCGACAGCUGUCCGAGCCACAGCAAUCAUUUCUUUUGUUGGCGAAAUUAAAGCUGAAUGGCUUGAAUAUAUACUCGAACGUGAACUUGACUUGUCAAACGAGGAAGAAACUUAUCUUAACACAGCAAAUCGAUAUUCUACUGCUCAUGCGAAAUUCUCCAAUCGAAUCAAUAUGUCAUUAGGUAGUCAAAAGAUGAAAUUCAAAGGUUCAUCCGGUAUUGUUCUCGAUGCUGAAUUACAUCUUCGACAACAAAUGAUCUCCGAGUUGAAAUUUAAUUUGUCAAAUACACCGAAUCCAGGUGAUGAUUCAAAUUUUACUCGAAAUUUAGUACUUAUUUUGAAAAUGAUCAAUAUUUUUAAUCCGAUGAAAUGGCGAUGGAUUGCAGAAAGACAAGUAGAAAUUACGAUAAAUAGCAAUACGGCAACAAAAACUUGUGAAAUUAUCGUCAAAGGCAGAGAUUCCGAUAAUAAAAAAGUGAAGAGAGAAUUUGAUGUAUUUAUUGGCUGGUUGCGAACUUGUGCCGUUAUACGACAUCCGAAUGAUUAUGUCAGUCCACGUGUACUUCGUCCUGCGAUGCGUAAAGAUUGUCGAGAUAUUGAAGAAAGAAUUAGUCGUGUCACCGAUACAAAACGAACACCAGUAGAUUUAUACAAGGGUGUCCGAGGUAGUCAAGCGACACGUGAAACACGUAUGGAAGUGGUGGCAUGGAUUGCAAUUUGCAAAUUUGAUUGCAAAUUAGAAGGUGGUUUCGUUCGAGAUUGGAUUGUUGGUCAUUACACAGCACGAAUACCCGGUGUCACCGAUCCUAAAACAUGGAUUGAUACCAGUGGUCCUAUGCCAGCUUUAAAAAAAGAAAUAGUUCCAUGUGAUUUGGAUUGUCAUUUAUCUUCGCAUAUGUAUUUCGAUAUUGAAAAAUUUCAAGAUGAAUUGUAUAAGUAUGGUAUCACAUGUAAGGUGGUACGUGAUUAUUGGCGAUAUGUUCUAUUAUUUGACGAGAAUGAACCUACAGGUCCGUUUACCAUGGAUUUAAUUGAACCACAUGUCGCAUUGACACAUGAUCGAAUUGAUUUGGAUGUGAAUAAUUUAUCAUUGGAAAAAGAUUAUACACAUGAACUUGGAAUGCGUAUUAACAUUCAGCGAAAGCCUUAUGAAAUUGAAUUGGAAAAAAUUGUCAGUAACAUUAAAAAUAAACGCUUUAAAGUUCUUCGUCCUUUGGAUCAAUAUGUUAAACAGCGUAUCGAAAAAAUGGAACAACGUGGAUGGACACAAGAUUUACCCGCGAUAUCAGUCAUACCUGAUCCACAUUCCAAAUAUUAUGCCAUUUUAGUGCCAUUACCACCGACUGCUACUCUCUAUCUGGACGUUUCGACUAAGAUGAAAAAUACUAUUCCUGCGGCCCAAAUUAUCUCGAUUGAAGAAAUUCGAAAUCCAUAUCUAGAAGAAACCUAUGAAGGUAUGAAGAAACUUAUCGCCAAACAAUGUUCAAAUCAAAAUCCAAACGAACAAGAAUUAUUUCAUGGUACAAAAAUUAAUGGAAUUAAAGGUAUUACAGAAGACGGAUUUGAUGAUCGAUAUUUUAAUAAAGGUGGUUUGUACGGUCACGGUGCUUAUUUUGCUGAUGAUCCAAACAAAUCGCACGGUUAUACUGAAAUAAAUACAGCAGAUAACACACGUGUAAUGUUUUUCAACAAGGUAGUCUUAGGAAAACCAACAACUUUAACUGCUACAGACAAUACGCUGGUCUCAGCUCCGCAUCCAUUUCAUUCGGUAAUUGGAAAACAUGCAGCAAUGACUGAAUACAUCGUUUAUCGUUAUGGUCAAGCUCUACCCUAUUUAAAAAUCGUUUACAAAGCCUAA